CCGCAAAACCAAACCCUUCCCACACGACACGAGGUUCUUUCUCUUUUCUUGGAAGUGAAUCUUGUUUUGUUUUAUUGCACCGCUUUGCUUUGAGUUUUCAACCUCAAACCACACCGCAUUCUUAGCGAAGCAAAGAGAACCUUCCUUCCUUCCUUCUCAGAAAAACACCAUUCCUGAUUCCCCUCCCUUACGCGUUUGAAUCAUUUUUCGCCUUCUUAAGAAUCCUGUCUGUCUUUCUUGAAGAUCAGAAGGAAUUUUAAUAAUAUUUUUGGUGAUUUUUCAAUCAUGAUGGUCAGCGGCGAAAUCGUGAUGGAUAACAACACCAUCAAACUACCGGAAUCGGCGGUGGAGAUGCCUCUCUCCGCCAUCACGGAGGCUUUUGAGGAUCUUGUGAAAUGGGUUAAUAAUGGUUCUGAAGAUAUUCGCUUGGACAAGUUUUGUGAGGUUGCUUCUCUUGUUUCUGUUCUCUUCCGUUCUCUUGGCCUUGCUUUCAAAUUCGCUGAAAUGGAAUACGUCGCCAAGCUACAUGGACUAGUGGAAGCAUCAAAGACGUGUCACACUCUGCCUGAUAUACUUGACCGUGAUGUCGCCAAUGACACAGUGAGAACAUCAGGAAGCUUUUCACGUAAUCUGCGUAGAGUUCGGCAGGGCCUUGAUCUUGUCAGAGCUAUCUUCGAGCAACUUUUGACAACUGAUGACAGCUCUCUAAGAGAAGUGGCCACAACAGCUUAUGGACAGGUUUGCGCUCCGUUUCACACAUGGGCAGUAAGAACAGCUGUUUAUGCUGGGAUGUAUACACUUCCAACAAGAGACCAACUUUUGGCGAAGCUCAAUGAAACAGAGCAAUCAGCUGAGAAGAAGAUGAGAAGGUACAUUAAUGCCUCACUUCCAGUCAUAGAAUACAUUGAUAGACUGUACCUUUCUCGAAACAUUGCACUGGACUGGUGAAUUUAUAUGAAGAAAAAGAAGUUGGGUGCCCUGUCUGUUAGAAGCUAGAGUUGUGGCUCCAUUGUAUAGUAGCAACCUUAGUACGAUUUCUUCAUUUUUUAUUGAACUUUGUAAUUACAUUAGUUUCUCAACGGCUAUUGGCCCAUUAGGGACAGAAGUUUUUUCAGUGCUACAUUAGUAGAUACUACAUCUAUAAUAAUGGUGUCACUUAUCCUUAUAUAGUCAGUUAUUCCCUUUUUAAUAA